AUGGAAUCAUCUCAAGCCUUCUCUCUCUCCCGGCGAGCAGUCGCUAUUGCGAUGCCUCUGUGGGCUCGCGACGACUCGGAUUCCUCGUCUGGCGAGAAGCCCGUCAGUAACUUCCUCAAGAGCGGUGUGCCAGGCAUCAUCGUUGGCAUAUUCUUCCUUAUCGCAGUCUCUGUAUGCUGCUAUUUCCUUUGGCGCAACAAAAAGCGAGAUGCCAAAGAAGCCGCGGCGGUACGAGACUGGAAUGAUGCAUGA